AUGCCGUUUAAGAAGCACAACCGCCAGUAUGACUUGGUCGUCUUCGGGGCCACCGGUUACACCGGCCGCUUGGCAGCUGAGUACAUCACCGCCAACUUCCCGGUCAAUGCGAAGUGGGCAAUUGCAGGCCGUUCCGAGUCGAAGCUCCAGGCAGUCGCUGAAGACUGCAAGAAGCUGAAUCCGGACAGGGACCCGCCAGCAAUUGAAAUGGCGAGUGUGGACGAUGAUGAGCAAAUGAGCGCGUUGGUGAAGAGGACAUUCGUCUUGAUAACGACCGUCGGCCCGUACAGCGCUCAUGGAGAGCAUGCUGUAAGAGCAUGCGCUGAAGCCGGUACACACUACCUUGACAUUACUGGCGAGAGUCCCUGGACGUAUAAGAUGAUCAGCAAGUAUGAAAAGUCUGCCAGAGAGAGCGGUGCCAUUCUUAUUCCCCAGAUGGGCUUGGAGUCUGCUCCGGCAGAUCUCUGCACGUGGGCUUUGGCCAACACGCUUCGAAAGCAGAUGGAUGUCAAGACGAGAGACGUCACAAUCUCGAUUCACAACUUGCGAGCGGCCCCAUCCGGAGGCACUAUAUCGACUGUCCUCACUCUAUUUGACCACUUCACCGUGAGUGAGCUGGCAGAGGCUGGAAAGCCCUUUACACACUCGCCUGUGCCACACCCAAAUGAGCCAAAAAGACCCAGCGUUUCCAUCCAGCAAAAGAUCCUUGGUGUUCACUACGUGCCUAAUCUGGGAACCGUCACCACUGCUCUUACCAAUACUCCCGACCAGGCAGUAGUAGAACGCUCAUGGGGACUCCUGUCGGUCAUCCCCUCCCGGAAGGACGAGUUCUAUGGACCGAACUUUCACUGGGCAGAAUGCCACAGGGCUCGCAAUUGGUUCCACGGAGUAAUAAUUCAUCUGGCAAUCGUCAUUGGCGUGUUGCUGGUUGCUACGGGGCGGCCUGUCAGGGCGGUUCUCCGAAGAAUCGUUCCAGAAGCUGGCACAGGACCCUCUAGAGACGAGAUGGAGAAAGAAGAGGUCGAGUGGCGUGGCAUAGCAAAUCCCGAUACGGAGACGCCGACUGAUAAGCAGGCCUUUUGUCGAGCUUGGUACAAGGGCAGCAUGUAUGCAUUAACGGCCAUGUUUUGCUGUGAGGGCGCUCGGACAAUUCUGGAAGAUGACCUUGGGUUAGACGGAGGCUUUUAUACGCCCUGCUGCCUUGGGCAAGGCCUGGUUGACCGGGCCCAUGAUGGCGGUUUCAGGAUGGAGACGCGAAUACAGGACAAAUGA